AGCACUUUGAUUGUUCUGUGCGGUGGCUGGCAGCCAGACUUUGGGGUCAACUCCGAUUGUUUCCUCCCCCCAAGAUGGGGGGCCUGGUCUCCAUUACGCAGCCAGCUUCGAUCGAAAACAAGAAGAAGAAUGCACGGACUCGGUGCUGCAUCAUGCUCGGUUCUCUCUUUUCCGGCGGGGCAGAGCCGACUGCUGGCCGCCGCGCGGACUACGCGGCUCCCUUCAAGACCAGAGGCGACGCUGCCAAAGAUGAUGGUAGCCGUUGGGUCGAGGAGACGAAGAUCCUCAUGACAGAUGAAGGUGGAGGCGGAAGCAGGAUGGUUCAGGGAUUCAUCGUCGACUCCGGGGCAUCGGUGCAUGCCACAGGCAACCGUGCGCUCCUGUCCUGGUACGAGUCGCUUCACACCGAUCGUUUCAUCCUUGGUGCCAGUGGGCACCGUCUGCGAGUAAGCGGCUCUGGAUCCGUGUGCACCGACAGAAUUAUCCUGAAUGACGUGCUCUACGUCCCGGGGCUGGAGAAGAGCGUGGUGUCCGUCGCCAAGCUCGCGGAGCUCAACUAUGGGGUGGACUUCGGCAAGACAGGAUGCUUCAUCAGGGACGAUCGUCAUACCCGCAACCUCGUCGGGAAAGGCAGGCGCGUCGCAGGGCUGUACCAGCUUGAUUACCUCAAGAUCCCGCUUGACAGGAAGACGGUUGCACAGGAGUAGCCG